GUUCUUUUACCUGUAAGGCGGGACUUCCGCUCUGUCUCGGGCUAAACAGUCUUUGGAACGGCCCUGCAGUGUCUAUCUACCCUUUAGCCUUGACUAAAAUCGUACCUCUUAAUAGUUAAUAAUUUCUUCAUAUUUCAUCUGCAGAAAUAUUGUGUGUAAGAGCUCCCGCUUUCCUCACAGAGUGACUCAUUUUGCGCUGAUCCGGAGUCAGUGCCCAGACAGAUUCACUCGCUGAGGUCAUUUAAAUCGGCACUGAUCGACUGAUUGAGAAUCUGUUCAUCAUGGCGGAAGAAACUGUGUUGCAGAUUCUGUGUGGCAGUAAUGGAGCGAUGGAUUAUGAGCGACUGCUGGAUAUCUCAUACGGACUAACAGAAAUAUUCCGGGACAAUUCACUGGAUAAAAUAAUAGAAAACAGCGAGUUAUUCACUGUCAUACAACACAACGACAGAAAAGAGGUUUUCGCUCAAACUCGCGUUAAGAUGUGUAAAAUUAGUGGGUGUAAUGAGGUGUGUAACGACAUACACCUGUGUAAAUAUCAGCUCAUGAUAGGAGACUGUAACAGGCGAGGCUGCAGUUUUGGGCAUCAGCUGAUGUCACAGCACAACAUCGGAGUCUUGAGGGCGAAUCACAUGAUCCGUCUCAGCCGAGAAGAGCUGUGUGUGAUAUUACUGCAGUGUGACAACAGCUUACUGCCACCUGUGUGUGCAUCGUAUAAUAAAGGCCGCGGGCCGUACGGAAACUGUCCUGAUAAAGAGACCUGCACGCGACUGCACAUGUGCAUGAGCCACAUCAGAGGACACUGCGAUGACACGGACUGCAGCAGGUCACAUGAUUUCCAUGAGCCUCAUCCAAUCGGAGUCCUGAGACGCAGAGGAGUGUCCAGUCACCUGAUGAGUUUGAUUCCGUUUAUCUACCGCAACAUUCUCAACCUGAAGAGUCACAGUAACCCCAAAAACACUCAACCUGACCUCAACAACAGAGAGAAAACACGGUGUGAGUCACCACAGACACAUGCAGAAGAAAACAAGAUCUGCCUUUCCUUUGUCAGAGGUUACUGCAAAAGUGCAGAUGAAUGCCGCAGAAUUCACUGUAAAAUGCCCUAUAAGUGGCAGGUGAAGGUGUGUGGCGCCUGGACUGAUUUACCCAAUAAUGAACACAUCGAGAGAGAGUACUGUGACCCAUCAAACAUACACAGUUCAGGGAAUGAGCCCAUUUGCUUUGAGGAAAUGAUUUUGGGUCUUGAUAAGGUCCGGCGUCUCUCUACAGAACCCUCGGUGCUCUGGCCCAGUUUCAUCCACACCACCAGCUGGGCCUGGUACUGGAAAGACGAGUAUAAUCACUGGAUCCUGUAUGCAUCAAUAAAAGAAAUGCACAGAUUGUCUUCAGUCAGCAGUCACGAUCUGGAGAAGGAAUAUCAGGAGUAUUUACUAAAAAAUGACUCUUCAAAUCAGGACGCUGUUGUCAAAUUCAGAGCGGGCAGCUGUUUCUAUGAGCUCAGUUUCAAAGAUAUGAAACAGAGGAAUGAAGUGAGCGGGACUGAGCGACCUGUCAGACGACGACCUGUGUUUGUGUCCUCAGUCAACAUUGAGAUUGCCAGAAAGAGGUCGACAUCAACAGCAUUAAUAAUCGAGUUCAUCUUCAUGUUGUUUUGUGGAAUUUUGUCAGAUUCGUUUUUCUCUGAUUGUAGUGAGAAGCAUGCCAAUGCCAGGCUUCACUUCUCUAAAGGUGUUCCUAGAUUUUGGGACCAAAAGGUGAUUCGUGACUCUGGAUUUGAGAGAGUUCGGCUCUCACCGUCUCACAGAGAUUACAGGAGAGUUCAGGAUCUCUUUAAUGAAACUCUGAGCAGUUUUACUAUCCGACAGAUUGAGCGUGUGCAAAACAGGGAACUCUGGGAAGACUUCAUGAUGAAAAAAGAAGAAAUGAGAAAAGCAAACAAUGAGAAAUUUGGUGAGCGUCUUUUAUUCCACGGCACCAAAUCCUCUCUUGUGGAUGCUGUAUGUCACAGAAAUGUCGACUUUGAUGUGUCUAAUGCAGCGGUAUAUGGACAUGGGAUUUAUUUCUCAAAAGAUGCACAGUAUUCCCAUGAGAUCACCGAUGGGUGUGGAGUGAGGAUGAUGUUUGUGUGCAGGGUGUUGCUGGGAUUCUACACCAGAGGAAAAGCCAGUUUUCGUUGUCCUCCAACCAAAGAUGCCAAAGGAAAUCUGUACGACAGUUGUGUGAACGAUCCACGUCAUCCUUCCAUUUUUGUGGUGUUUGACAGGUCACAGGUUUACCCAGAGUUCCUUGUUACUUAUGAGGAGAAAAACGUGUUUGAUGCAGUGCGUGACGUUCAGUCCAGUCCUGACGCUCGUGUAGUAUCAGUCACGACGAGUCUCGCUCAGGUAAGUGUAAAGGAAACUAGCCAGGAGAACUCAGUGACAGCAGGUUCUGAACACACUGCAUCCUCUUCUAGUUCAGAAGAAACAAAAAGCCUCUCAUUACUGUCUUGAGUUCAACAUCAGAUACAUCUCCUGCCUCACAUGCUACUCAUGUUAUAAAACCCCUUCAGUUCAGCGUCCAGCCCUCUGUACCGCUGCAUGAUGGUAGAGUCCCCUGAUGUCCAGCAGAUCUCAUCCGAGACUGUAAACAUUUCUAGGGACUGUCCAAAAAGUCACUCAGACUUGUAACAGUUUGGAGUUGGGAAGCGAGUCCUUGGAUGCUCUGAAUACUGUGGUCAAAUACUCAACUAAGACUGAAAACCUGGACAUGUCGUCCUCUCCGGUCCCGUCUCCUCCUGUUGAGUUGAACAGACGCUCAGCGUCUCACCCAGAAAACUCCUCAAACAGCCCACGCAAUGCCUCCAAAACCCCUACACAGGAGAAACACUGUUAUUCAGUGAUGUAGCUGUCUGUUGUGGACAUCACAUCUCUGCUUAUUAUUUAAAGUCAAUUGAGUUACAAUACUAGUGUUAUAUGCAGUGUGUGAAUAAUGUGUGUUAAAACUGUUCAAUAUAUCUUUGAUCAGUUCUGCAAAUGUUUAUUUGUGUCCUUUCUCUGAGAAGUCGUUGAGAAGCUACAUGUUCACAGUAUUCUUCACAUCUCUUCUGUUUUUAAAAACAUUACCUGUUGUGCAUUGUGUUUAGUCUAACACAUGAUCAACAUUUGACACAGAUCAUCUCUAGGCUGAUUUGUGCGGUCUAAUUUUGUAUAAAUGGGUCAUUCUGUGUCAGAUCAACCAGAGGUCCGCAGCUCAAAAUCUUGAUUUUGAUCAUUUUUUUCUGGUGAAAGAGAUACAUAAUUGAAGGUGAAAGCUAAAAUUUACUGCGUAAUCCACUGUUUUGUAGAGGGGGGUCAAAAUGGCAAUUGAUUUUGGAGCAAAACCACA